GCCGGCUGUCGCAUUACUCAGAUCCAUUUAUUGUGUGGUGGAAUUAUUCCUCUUUUGUCUGCGUUGGAGAUGGCCAUGGCUAAAAAUGCUGAUAAAAUUGGUCUCAGGUAAGUAAUUCUUAACCCCUCCGCUUCCAAAAGAACUGAUUAUCAAAAGCAUGAAUCGCUCUAAAAGUCAAAGCACUGCUAAAAAGGUUAUAUUUGAAUGGUCAUACAAUGUAUUCACAGUAUGUUUUAGCGGUUGAUAUUUUAUUCGUCUGGCGACUUCGGUUCCCGAGGCGUCAGUUUUGGUCAUGUCAUUGUGUUUGCUUCUUGUCGCCGAGUAGUUUUUCUUUUUCCUUUUUGUUGCAGCAAGGAAAGUCGAUCUCUGAGAGUAGUCCGCGUUGAGCUAGAUAACGGUCAGCGACUGGUAGGUUUGCGUUACCCAGAGCAACUCAUACCGGAAGCUACGUUGUUUCUGAAGGAGCAAAAGUUGCUCGACGCCGUUAUAGUAAGUAAAUAUUUAUUUCUAUAAAGGAAAGUGUAAAAAAUUCUCGUCACACACAAAAAUGUUUCCUUUUGGCCAAGCACUCACGUUAAAGAACAGUUCCCGACCAGUCCUUAAUUUUAGCAGCUUUGAACGAUUUGAUAACCGCACUCAGUCAUCAUCAAGAACUCUUCUUUACCCUUAAGUCCCAAGAGUGACCAACAUUAAUUUUCUCCUAACAAUAUAAACUACCCGCCUACCCCUCCCCUAAGUCAACAUUAACACGUACUUCUCACUUAGGGCAAAAUGUUGGCUUAGGGGAGGGGUAGGUUGGGCAGUUUCCUAGAAGCGUAUAAUGAUCCACAAUAUCAAUACGUAACCAAGAGAAAGGUUAUAACAAUUAAUAAAAUGUCACCAUAAGUUGAUCUUUUGUCAAAUUCUCUGUUCUAAUUCUUUAAAGACAUACAUGGAGAACAGUCUGGAGAUUUUAUUUGUCUGUGGAUAUUGGGUCUUCAUAGCACACACCAGAGAAUAAGUUUUAUUUUUAAAACAUCGCAACAUGAUCUUGUUACUUAACUGAUAUUUAUUUCAAAUUUUUAAUAACCUGCGAGUUCAGCCUCCUGUCAUUGCCCCCGUUUCUGGGGACGUUAGCAAGAGUCUGGUUGAAAUUUUUGUCAUGCUUUGCUACUGCUUCCAGGCUUCAACUUCGAACCUUGUUAGGUAUUGUUUUGACUUAAACGAUUAUCUUUUUUUUUUCCCUUUAUUUUCUAGGACAAACAAAAUGGUGUUUUGAGUUCAAUAGAACGUUCUAAACAGCCAUCAAAGGCCAGCCGAGCGUAUGAGGAACCGGAAACGCCCAUCAACCAAAGGACGUUAACUAAGGCUACUACCCCUCCUGUAACUAUAAAGAAUUUCUUCAAACCGAAGACUGUUGAACGAUCGCCUGAGAGCAAUAAAAGUACAUCAGAAGAUCAGGAUGUUAAGGAAAAGAGCGGGGAAAAUGACUGCAAUGAGAUCGAAAAUCAAGAAAUCGAGAACAACGUCAAAAACAGCACGGAUGACAAACAAGCAACGACCAAAGUAAGUAAGAAGGAAGUCAAAUCAAUUUACUUUAGAUCGAAGGGAAGAGAAGAGGAAGAGCCCCCAGAAAAUAAAGGACCUUUCAAAGGUGGUGCUAAGUGUAAUGGUCUUGUGCGCGACCCUUCGGAACCCCCUUCGAAAGAGGACCUAAAAGGAAAGAACUCUUUGAAACGAACUAGUUCUGAAGCGUCGUCAAGGGCGAUUAAGCGACAGAAGCAAUCGAGCAUUUUGUCUUCGUUUGGGAAAAGGACUGACAAAGAUUCUAAGGACCAAAUGGAGAAGGAAAUUCUCUGCCCUGUUUGUGGGGAGAAAUUUGCGAGCGGAUUGAAAAAUUCUGAUCUCAACGAACACAUCGAUAAUUGUCUUAUUAAAUCAUAA